AUGUCUUUUCUUAGCAACUUCAAAAAAUUAUUCAAGUUUGGGUCGGAUGAGGCCCAAGUCAAACAAAAAGGUCAGUGGAAUAAGCACAUCAGAAAGGAUAUAGAUCCACAGCAGUUUUGGGAGAUUAUUGGAGAAAUUGGAGAAGGUGCUUUUGGGGCUGUCUACAAGGCAAGAAAUAAAGAGACAAAUGAAUAUGCUGCUUUAAAACAAGUUGAAAUAAAAUCUGAAGAAGAUUUGGAAGACUUUGCUGUUGAAAUAAAUAUUUUAGCAGAAUGUCCUCACCAGAAUAUUGUUGGUCUUCAUGAGGCCUUCUUCUUUGACAGUAAACUAUGGAUGUUUAUUGAGUUUUGUGGUGGAGGAGCUCUGGAUUCCAUCAUGGUGGAUCUGGAGAGGCCUCUGACAGAACCAAUGAUCCGCUAUGUUGCACAUGAAAUGUGCGUGGGCCUGGCUUUCCUGCACGAGCACAAGGUUAUCCACAGAGAUAUCAAGGCAGGCAAUGUGCUGGUGACCCUGGAUGGGGAUGUCAAACUCGCUGAUUUUGGAGUGUCUGCCAAAAACACCAAGACUCAUCAACGGAGGGAUACUUUUAUUGGAACUCCUUACUG